AAAUUCGUAUUCUUUGUGUUUAAUUUUUGCGAAGAAGUGCUAAUUUUUCUACGCGCGUUAGUAGCGAGUGGCGGAGUGGCAGCUGAUGAAUUUUAGACCGCAGUCAAUUUUCGCAGUGUGAAACAUAAAUUUAUCAAUUAAGCGCACACAGCACGAUAUACAAAAAUAAGCAGUGUAUAGGCAUAUAAAUUUUUGUGCAUAUGUACAUAUUAUUCAAAAAGAUUUUAUAUAAAAAACAAAAGCAAUAAACAACAAUAACAAAAAACAGAACGGCACUUCAUUUCAACAACGCAAUUCCUGCAGCGUCAAAGCACCAACAAUCAAUACAGCAAACAGCCGAGCACCUUUGUCGCCGCCAACCCGCUGACAGCACCCACAACAAACACAUUCACACACGAGCACACACAUACACAUGUGUUUUAGAUAACACGCCAGUUGUGUGCUGCGCCGUACUAAUUUUAAAACAAAUACAAAGCAAAUAUAAAUCAGAAUAAAAAAGAGCGUGAAAAACAACAACAAAACGACCUUCACUGCAAAUACGUAAAAUAGCAGAAAAUCAAAUAAAACCAAAUAAAAGUGUGUAUAGCGAAAUUCAACAGAAAUCGAUUUAAUUGUAGCGCUUAAAAGUCGCAAGGACAGAAAUUGAAGUUUGAGAAAGUGUUGGUGGAAGCAGGUAAGCAGUGAUAAGCAAGUGAUUGCUCAGCAGCUUGUCGGUGAAUAAAACAACAGCAAUUGUUUGGACUUUGGUUCUUUCAACGCUGCGCGGUUUGAACAUUUCGGUAACCCGCAAGUGUGCUGAAAGUGCAAAAUCCUGCUGAGGUGUGGUGUGGAAAAAAGUAUAAAAAAUUCUUUUAGUGUAACCGUCUUCAAAUAAGCCAUCAAAAUAGGUACCCGCUUGCGUGACAAUAAUCCCAACAAAGACAACAACAACAUGAUAUAUAUAGAUGACUCCGAACCGGAAGGUGAACUUGAACCGGUAUUUCCCUAUCGGGACGUAACCAUAAAACGUGGCGUCGAUGCAAAUGAAUUAUACGAAAUACUCAGCGAAGUAGGCAGAGGUAAAUUCGGCACGGUCUACAAAUGCCAAGAGAAGGAGAAUGGUUUGAAGCUGGCCGCCAAAUUUGUGCCCAUCCCCAAGCGUGAAGACAGACGCAAUGUGGAACGUGAGGUGGAGAUUAUGAACUCACUGCAACAUCAUCUCAUUAUACAAUUAUACGCGGCGUAUGAGCAUCAGAAAAUGAUGUGCGUCGUGCUGGAGUUAGUCGAAGGCGGUGAACUUUUCGACCGUGUGGUGGACGAUGAAUUUGUGCUGACCGAGCGUGUUUGUGUGGUUUUCAUACGACAAGUUUGUGAGGCCAUGGAAUUCAUACAUCGCAAUAAUAUUUUACAUCUCGACUUGAAGCCAGAGAAUAUUUUGUGCCUGACACAGGAGGGAAAUCGCAUCAAGAUCAUUGACUUCGGUUUGGCGCGUAAAUACGAUCCCAACAAGCGAUUGCAGAUUCUCUUUGGUACACCCGAAUUUGUCGCGCCCGAGGUUGUGAAUUUCGAUUGUAUUUCUUAUGCGACGGAUAUGUGGAGUGUUGGUGUCAUUUGCUAUGUGCUCAUCUCUGGCCUCUCACCGUUUAUGGGUGAAACAGAUAUUGAAACGAUGGCUAAUGUGACAAUCGCCAAAUAUGACUUUGAGGAUGAGUCAUUCAGUAAUGUGUCACCGGAAUGUUUGGAUUUUAUAGGAAAGCUGCUGGUGAAGGACUUACAGACCCGCAUGACAGCCGCGCAAUGCCUGGAACACAAAUGGCUGCAGCGGCGACCCAAACCGCCGAAAAUACUAGCGCCAAAGCCCUCGAAUGUGCCGCCACCGAAAUUAAAAGCGGCCACACCUUCGCCAGUGCCACCGCAAGAAGAGGAAAACGUAGAAGAUCUGGCGUGCGAGCCAGAGCCAGAGCCAGUCGCAGAAGUGGUAGCUGAAAAAGCUGAAAAAGAAGCAAUUGUAAUACCAGCUGACACGACUACGGCGGAGGCCAAAGAACUCGAUACCACCAAGGACAAUUUGAAGAAUUUCAUCGAACGUUGGGAGGAACAUCCCAACAGCCCGUACGUGUUCGAUGUGGAGAGCAAUGUGAUUGCGCCGCUCAGCGAGACAUCAUUCAAUAAGACACACGGCCGAGAUAGCAUUUCGUCGUCACGAGUUUGCUCACCAUCGCCGUGCGAGUCCAUAGAGACGAUCAUCGAUGAUGAUGUGUUCAGCAAUGCCGAGCAGGACAAUGACAGUCCCAGCACACUAGCCACACCGAUCAAUGAGUCGCGUGAGAAACUCUUCCCCAGCAGCAUCUCGUUAGCGCCCACUUCAGGUGGUGCCACACCCACACCGACCAGCACUACGCCCACACCACAGCCACCGCUCCAAUAUGGACCGCAGCACCUACUCGGACGGCGCGGCUUCGGUGAUGAGUUCGGCGGCAGCGGUACAAAUCUCAAUCAACAGGAACGCAGCAUGAAGAGCUAUCUACACACCUUCGAUCGACGCAAUUCGGACACAAGUUAUUUGAUCGGACGACGCGCUUCGGGUGAACGUGUUAAUUUGGCCGAUGAAAUACGAAAAUUGUCCGAUCAUUUGCUUAUGUUGGCGGAGAUCAACACAAAACUCGGCAGUGAGACAAAGUUGGACGCGGAUGCGAAUAACAACAAGCACAGCAAGGCGAAAGCCAGCGGCGGGACGACUAAAGUAAAAGCGAACGCGAACGCAACCACCAAAGAGUCUACGUCCAAAAAGACAGCGACCACUAGCAAAAAUAAAGUGGCAAAAACCGAAAGUACUGAGUACACGACGGUAUCGAGCAACACAGCCACAACAAGCACUUCGAAUACAACAACAAGCUAUAGUAGUAGUGUAACAAGUGCAAAUGGUGUGAAAUCGAAAUUCAGCACAGUCUCCAUGCGUCUACAGCAAUCUAUCGAGGAGACACCAAAACUAACUAAUGGCGGUCCAAGCUUCGGUGUACCCUGGAAAUCCAGCAUAAAUAGCACAACCAACAAAUCAAGCGCCAAAAGCACAACAUCAACAGUGAAGACAAGGAAAACAGUGUCGGUGGCCAGCAGCGAGGAGUGCUCACUGCAACGUCAGACCCACGAAUCGGCGAGCGUACGGCGUGCCAAAUUUCGCAUCAAUCAAAUGUCACGCGAUGUGCCGAUCGGUGUGCCGAAUAUUCAUCAAGCGGUUAACCUCGAAGAGGCGGCUAAUACCACCAAGGACUGUCUUUUGCAUCUGCUGGAGAAGUACAACGAGAACGAGUCGAAUAAGUGUCGCAAUCCGAUGACGCGUCAUCAGAGCAUUAGCGUUGACUGGAAUGUGAGCGAUAAUUUGGAAUAUCGUUCCAUGAGCUCCAUUAAUGCGUUCUUCCAGCGACACAAUAAUACCGGCGAGCACGUUCGCCAGGUGCAGGCUCAAUUAGAGAACAAAACCGGUUCGACGGCCGGCGGCAAGUCUUCUGGUGGUGCUUAAGAUACCCAACGAAGUCGAUAGCUCCUACAGUAUGGCCUGUAGCUAAAUCUAGUCCGCAAUAUGUUCGCUCUUUACUUUAAAGAUAUGCAGAGAUUAAAUGAAACAUGACUUUGUUUUCUUAAGCUAAAGAUUUAUUUUUGA